AUGUUUCCCACGCGCUCUGCGGCAAACCUGGAGCUCACUGGGGAGCAGCAGCAGCAGCAGCAGCAGCAGCAGCAGCAGCAGCAGCAGCAGCAGCGGGGCCGGCUGGUUUGCAUAGAAUGCGGGGCGCCGGUGGACUGCAUCUACCGGGCCUUCCCUCCUGGCUCUGACAACAUCCGUUUGGUUUGCUGCAGCAGCUGCAGCAAACUGGCAGACCCUUAUCUGCAGCACGACUCGCUGCUGCUGUCGCUGGACUUGCUGCUGCACAAGCCCCAGGUGUACAGACACCUGCUCUACAACCGCAAACCCCACACCAGAGGAGUAGUGCCCCACAGCAUUAUUAAGUUUACAAUUGCAUGCGUUUUCUUUGACGCUUAUUUGGAGUGGUUUUUGCUGCACUCCCCGCAGCAGCAGCAGCAGCAGCAGCAGCCGCAGCAGCAGCAGCAGCGAGAGCAGCGCGCCGACGCCGACCACGCCGGCUUCAGCAGCAGCAGCAGCAGCUGCUGCUGCUGCGAGAGUGACGGCCCCCCGGCUGCGUGCGACCAGCAGCAGGAUGUGCCCGCUGCUGCUGUCGCUGCGGAGCUGCAGCAGCAGCAGCAGCAGCAGCUGCUGCAGCAGCACAAACAGAACCGAAGCAGGAGCGCCUUCAAGCGCCCGUCCGUGCUAGCUUUGCUGGCAUGCGGCUUUGCUGCUGUUUUCUCCCCGAGUAGCAAGUACUGCAGCAGCAGCAGCAGCAGCAGCAGCAGCAGCAACUUAGUUCAUAGCUGUCACAUCGCAGCCGACAGUCGCCCGCUGCUGCUGCAGGAGAACUACCACAAUGUAGCAGCAGCAGCAGCAGAUAGCGCCCUCGACGAGUCUGAGGACUGGGAGGGCUUCCGCUGCAGCAGCAGCAGCAGCAGCAGCAGCAGCAGCAGCAGCGUGGGCGAGGGGAACACAAGGGAUUCAUUUUGGUGCUCUUCUCCGCAGCUGGAGGACCAGCAGCAGCAAGAGCAGCAGGAGCAGCAGGAAGAGGAGGACGAGGAGGACGACACUGAGCAGCAGCAGCAGCAGCAGCAGCAGCAGCAGCAGCAGCAGCAGGGGCUGUGGGGCCCGGGCGAAGCAGCCCUGGGGGAGCCCGCUCUGGGGUGGCUGCUGUCUUCUUCAACAGCAGCAAUUGAGCAGCAGCUGCUCGUGCUGCUGUCUUCUGCUUCCGAGUUGUUUUCUUUUCUGGGCACUGCUGUGCUGCUGACGCGGCUUUACGUGGCCUUCCGACGCAGGCGCAACAAAGCUGCUGCUGCUGCUGCUGCUGCUGCUGCUGCUGCUGCUGAGGCGGCGGCAAAGGGCGCGCCGACGGCGGCAGCAGCGCCAGCAGCGGCACUAGCAGCACCCGCCGCAGCAGCAGCGCCAGCAGCAGCAGCGCCAGCAGCAGCAGCAGCAGCAGCAGCAGCAGCAGCGCCAGCAGCAGCAGCAGCAGCAGCAGCAGCAGAGGGGGAGGAGUUCGAACUGGGAGUGCUGCUGACUGCGCUGGGGCUUUCUUUGUACAGCAAAUUGGGCACGCUGCUGAUAAUGGCCUGGCAAGAAGCUUUGCUGCUGCGGCAUUGUGUUGCACUUUUUUCUUUGAGCAGCAACGCAGUGGCACUUUAUGUUUUUCUUUUUCCUGCUCAUCCUGCUGUUGGUUUGUUGAUUGCUGCUGCUGCUGCAGCAGCAAGAGCGGCGGUCCGCGCCUUCUUCUGGGUCCUGCUGCAGCAGGCCAUUCCCGCUGCUGCUGCUGCUGCUGCUGCUGCUGCUGCCCACGAAACCACCCUAGACCGACUCAUUAGGCUCUUUAUUUGA